AACUGAAACAAAAGACGUUCAAGGAAAACGACGUUGCAUUCACUGGUCGCGUGAUUCCACCCUGGAACGCCAACGCUGCCGCUCCGUUUAACACAAAUUCUCGUUUAUGCUCUGCACCUGGCAACUGGUACACCGACGACAAGGUUUCAAGGCGGUCCUCGCCGGGCCAGCAGUUGAGGUUCUCGUGGGUUCUGCGUACCAAGUUUGACCAUGUUCACCUUAUGCGGCUGCGAUGAUGACUCGUUUGAGGAGGAGGAGCGAAGACAAAGGAGAGUCGCUAACAAACAAACAUUUCAAGCUCAAGGCCCACAGAAACAGAAUGCGCCCUUGAAAAUGCCUCCUUCAGAGGGUGAACUAGUACCGGAGUUCUCUGUCCCUCCUCAGGGUCUGGAACAACAGCCGCUCGGAGCCGGCACGGCAAGCAAUGCCUCGAUGAAAACUGCAAAUUACUGCGGUAUGUUAGAGCUCGGCGGAAGCGCUACUUCCUGUUCAAAGAAACGAAGCGUGGACUCAGCUGACGUCAUCAAGCAACCACUCGUCUCUCCCGGCAUUCCUGAAAAUUGGGCGGCAGCUGAUGACGCGGCGGACGGUGGUGCUGGCGGUCUCGACAUUCCUGGACACAUCGGUGGCAGCAGUUCCAUAUCGGAUCUUCCUUUCAGGCGACGAAGUUCAUCGUCGACCAACGAGUCGCCUUUGUCAACGUCCUGUUCGUCUGUUAAAAAAGACAAGGAGAAAGUACGACAACCCGAGGAACGGGAUAGCGGACAGUGUUCGUGCCCCAUGUAUGAGCUGGACGUAACCCUCAGUCACGUCACUACGCGUCCACGGGAAAAUCCACCGACCAACCGUCUACCUUCAACGACAGUAAAAGAUAGCGAAGAGAAAAUGGGGCUUCAGGUGAUAACAACGGAGACGGUCACUCGACGGCAGUACACAUACAAUGUGGACGUAGAAUUACCGAAAGGCAUGCGCGUCAGUCCUCGGGGGAAGCUGGUGCAGGACCAAGGGGCGUCAGCGGGCGAGGCACGCGUCGAUUAUCAACCGUACUGCCCUCCUCUGGGGUACGUGCAGCAAAGCGAGCUACCGCAAUACAUUCCUGCGUCGUACGGUCCAAAUUUCUGGUCACCAGAAACGGGAUACCAGCCAUAUGCCGAAUCGUUUAUUCCAAAUGACGGCGAACACAAUUCAAUGAACGCUGCAAGUAAGAACCGCCAUUGGCAGCAAGUGCCCCGCAAUCCGUCACGACCUGGUGAACAUUUUUCCGACUCAAAGGCAGACCUGUCGGUGUUCCAAUGCGCUUGCAACGUGGAAAUUGGCAGGAGCAAUGGACGGCAUGGGGUUGAACAGGGAACUGAUGAACAUCCAAAUCUAAUACGGGCAGAGUUCGCAUGCAUUGGGUGUGGAGUGUUCAAAAUGUACCUAGUUUGCAAGCUUUGCUACACGAAAAACAAAAUUCGCUACUGUAAAGAGUGCUCUGUGUAUGCAAAAGUUGAGAGCCGUGAGGACAUUCCACUGCAGUGGCGAAACAACGGCUCCACGAAACAAAUUUUUCUAGACCCAAUAGAACGUCAGGUAGAGAAUCCACAAUAUGGUCAUAAUCAAUCUAAUGGUAACCCAGGAUCAGAGCAACGACGACCGUUUCAAAGAAAAAUCGCCGUUCAUUGCAAAAGUAAUACGGAGAUAAAUGGAGAACAAACAGGUUAUGAUGUCUUUGGACAAGCCCAACAAAACGUGUCUACACCUAUGUCCAAAUACCAGUAUCAACCGCAAGUGUAUCAGGAUCCACGUGUCCCAAUAUACUCGAGUGAAGCUGGACAGAACUACGCGACAAUGCCUACGGGAGGACUCCUUGUGUCUUCCGUUCCAGGGUAUUCCCGACGGACAUCUCGCGGCUACCACAUUCCUUGUUUUCAGGAUCAGAAAAAAGUUCCCACACUGCUGUACCCCAACCAGACUAUUCAGGAGUAUGAAUUUCCACCGCACGCCGCACCUCCCCUACCAACAUAUGAAUGCCCUCCAACUGUGGACUACCGCGCCCAGCCUCCCACAAGGCAUGCAGCAAUACCACAAGAGAACGCGAACCCAGCAUAUAAGAUGAGGCCUGCGCCUUCUUCGCCGUCGAUAGCAGGGCGAACAACACAGUACACUGAUGAGAACUACAAAGGGAAUCCUGCUCCAGGACCUGGAAUUACUGUCGAUGUUCAAGUAAAAAAUGUAAUGCCAAAAUCAUCAGGUCGCCGCCAACAAAAUAGCAGCACCAAUACAUCGACUUCAAGUGCAGCAAAAACAUCGAGGCGGUCUUCGAGUGCCCAAAGGAAUAAGAGAAAUAAGAGUUCCAGCGGUGCCAAGUCCACAACUGGUUGCAAGCGAUCGACCACGACCGACAAUACGAGCAAUGGACGAAGUACGGCUUCGCCAAAACCACCUCAGUUGUGAACUGCGCGGUGCUCGGGACAGCUACUAAUACGAUACGUCACAGAAGUGCAGCUGAUAACAAUAAGUUGUAUACACUUUGCAAAUCGUGGAUUACAAUGACCCUAAUAACUUU